AUGCCGCUAGUUGUCGCCCUGACGGUGGCCACGAAUUCGUUCAUCGUGGUAGUUCUAUCGCACAAAUACCUGAGAACACCGACAAAUUUUGUGCUGCUAGCGAUGGCUGUUUCAGAGCUGCUCACCGGCGUCUGUUGCAUCCCGUGGUUUUUGUACUACUACACCUUUGGAGGCUACCACACGGAUGCCGAGUCGGGCCUACCCUCAAUCUGGUGCCAACUGAUCCCAUUCAUGGCCUCAUUCUUCCCCUCCAUCUUCCACGCGACGGCUAUCUACCUUACCGUAUACCUGGCCAUACAGCGCUACGUCUACAUUUGCAUACCGACGCUUGUGAGGCGGUUUUGCACGAUCAAAUAUAGUAAGAAGGUCCUCAUCUUCAUCUGGAUCUUCUCGACCUUGAUCUAUGCUCCAGAGGCGCUCGCAAACUACCAUCAGUCAAAAGUCGUCAAGAACAUCUUUACAGGGCAAAUAUCUCGCCAAUGUUACCGUACACAGUCAGGAUUCUUGCUGUGGAUCGGUCCGAAUUUGUAUUACAAGGUCUUCUACACUAUCCAAACCGUGCUGGUCCACUCUGGGCCCUGUUUGCUCCUCGUAAUUUUUACGUGGAAGCUGGUUUCGGCGAUUCGAGAAGCUGAUAAGCGGCAUUUGCAUUUGAUGAAAAAAGUCCCCAACCACCGAAAACAAGACGACGAGGUAUCGAUCGAUUGUGGCAGCGUAACGAUAUCAGUCGGAAAUAUGUCAUCUGGCAAUGAGAAGCGGAGAUCGACGCUUGCCACUGACAGCCUGGUGCGGAAGAUGUCGAAAAUCUACAAGAAGACGAGCAACGAGCCAAAACGGGUACAGGGCUUGAAGCAGAACACUCGAAUGCUGGUGGUGGUCAUCUUGCUCUUCUUGGUCACCGAAAUCCCGGCCGCGAUGAUCUUCACAGUCCACGUGCUUUCCGUUUCUUUCCGGCUCGGCCACACAAACUAUCAAAUGCUGAAUACGUCGCUUAUUAUUAGGAAUGUUCUAAUUGUCAUCUCGUACCCCUUCCGCUUUGCCAUCUACUGCGGGAUGUCGCAGCAGUUUAGAGAGGUGGUCCAACAAAUGUGCAUCACGCGUUUCUUCAAAUCCAUCUGCUUCCGCACGAAAAAGCGAAAAGACAGCAGCUCGCUAGCCCUAGAAACAAGUUGCCUCAACGAGACUCGAAGAUAUAGCCGCUGGUCGCCGACGAUUAUCGUCGAGGUUAUUGACGAGAAACUAGACGACAAUCAGUCAGUGAGGUCGUUCGCUCUGUCAGCGAAUAACUCGGAUGCAUGUCUUGUGAUUAGAGGUACAAAAGACACUGGUGUUCAAUGUUCGAUGGACAGUCGGCUGGUUUUUGACCCGCUAUUUGACGACAUGCAGCACUUGGUGGAUUCGGAUUCUGAAGACAGCCACCCGAUCCACGACUCCAAAAGCAGCACGCGGGGCACACAGUGCUCCGCUAAAAUCGACAAAAACAUGUUCGUGCGGCGGAAGAGCUCGUUGGUGGCGACGGCUCUGAUUGACGUUACUACUGGGUGCCAUGUUCCUGUUGUCAUAUCGAUUGCGACG